CAGUUGCACUAGAACUGCUGAUACAACCUACAUGUUUACAUCUAUAUAUACUCUGGCACAAACCAUAGCUUCUCUCGCAGCAAUUCCCAGUUCUUUUUUCUGCUUUUUUUUCAGAAACUAGAACUGGUGAAGUACUGCUUUAGAGACAGACAGCUAUGGCAAUUGGGCAGUAUAACCAUGCUGAUAAUGGUCAAGUUAAUGGCCUUGAAGAUUUGGAGCAGCCAUUCAUCCGGCGAGAAAAAGAUGUUGGAUAUGGAAAUAAUAAACCUGAUAAGCGUGUUGAAAGCGGAUCCAUUGGGAUGGUUUUGCUUAGCACAUUUGUUGCUGUCAGCGGCUCUUUCGAAUUUGGAUCGUGUGUGGGCUAUUCAGCACCCACUCAAUCUGCUAUCAGGGAAGAUCUUAAACUCUCUCUAGCCGAGUAUUCCAUGUUUGGCUCCAUAUUAACGAUUGGUGCAAUGCUUGGUGCUGUCACAAGUGGUAGGAUUGCAGACUUCAUUGGUCGAAAAGGGGCAAUGAGGAUGUCAGCUGGUUUCUGCAUUGCAGGAUGGCUUGCUGUAUAUUUCUCUAGAGGAGCUUUUCCCCUUGACAUGGGAAGGUUAUUCACAGGAUAUGGAAUUGGAGUUUUCUCCUAUGUGGUGCCAAUAUUUAUUGCUGAAAUAGCGCCUAAGAAUCUUCGUGGAGGUCUCACAACAUUGAAUCAGCUCAUGAUUGUCAUUGGAUCCUCAGUAGCAUUCCUAAUGGGAACAGUCAUAACAUGGAGAACACUUGCUUUGACUGGACUUGUUCCAUGCAUUUUCCUGCUUGUGGGUCUGUGCUUUGUACCCGAGUCUCCCAGAUGGCUGGCAAAGGUUGGCCAUGAGAAAGAGUUUCAAGUUGCACUACAGAGACUUCGUGGCAAAGAUGCCGACAUUACUUGUGAAGCUUCUGAAAUUCUAGAUAAUAUCGAAACUCUUCAGACUCUUCAAAAAGUUAAAUUGAUGGACUUGUUCCAAAGCAAACAUAUUCGCUCUGUGACUAUUGGAACUGCAUUGAUGAUAUUUCAACAAUUUGGAGGAAUAAAUGGAAUAAGUUUCUAUGCAAGUGAAACCUUUGCAUCAGCUGGACUUUCUUCAACCAAAAUUGGAACCAUAGCUUAUGCUUGUGUUCAGGUUCCAAUAACUGUAGUGGGAGCAAUAUUAAUGGACAAAUCUGGGAGAAGGCCACUUAUAAUGAUUUCUGCAACAGGGACAUUUCUAGGCUGCUUUCUAGCAGGAACUUCUUUCGUUCUCAAGAGCCACAGCAUAUGGCCUGAGUGGGUGGCAAUAUUAGCUGUUGGUGGGGUGCUGAUAUACAUAGCAUCUUUCUCUAUUGGACUGGGAGCAGUCCCUUGGGUGAUUAUGUCUGAGAUUUUCCCAAUUCAUGUGAAGGGGGCUGCUGGGAGCUUGGUGGUGUUGGUCAAUUGGUUGGGUGCUUGGGCAGUUUCCUAUACAUUCAACUUUCUAAUGAGCUGGAGUGCUUCAGGUACAAAAAUAAAGUCCCCAACAUUGGAACAAAACAAAAGGCAUUCAGUUUGCACUGUUGUUCAACUGAUGACUUUUAUCACUCCUUUAUUUGAUUUUUCUUUCUUCUUCUUCUUCUUUUCCAGGCACUUUUUUCAUCUACUCUGCAUUUUCUGUGAUGACUGUUCUUUUUGUGGCGAAGUUAGUCCCAGAAACCAAAGGAAAAACACUAGAAGAAAUUCAAGCAAGCAUCAACUCAUAGAAAAGAAGAAAGGCUAAACAAAGAAUUGACAUGGACAAUAGAUGGAGAAGAUAUUAAGACAGUUUCCUGUGAUUUUGCGUCGAGUGUCAUCUCUAUAUGGUGCUGAAAAAUUCAAGUCUGAACAGUGCAACAAGGAAAAAUAGAUGAAAUGGAAAUUACUUGUGGAUUGGACAGGAGAUCCUUGAUUGUACUCAUGUCAAAGAGGGAUUACUACUUUUACGUUUAUCCACUUUAUGAAGAGAAUUUUCUUUCA